AUGGCUGGUAGUCCAUUGAUCACUUCUUCUCCUGUCAAUUACAAGAAUCCAGUGGGAAGGACAGGUUUGGAGGGAAGUGGGUCAUUGUAUCAAUUAGGCCCUAACAAAGCCUUGGACCCUGUCAUUACAAGGUGGAAAGUGGAUAGUGAAGGGUCUAUCCUGGAAUUCAUAGCUGUCAGGAAUAAAAAAGAUGAGAUAUGGGCCUUUCCAGGGGGAAUUCUGCAACCAGGUGAAACGUUACCAGAGAGGUUGAAAGAAGUAGUGGGAAAGAAAUUGCAGGAGAAGAUUGAGAGUAUGCUCCAUUGUGGUAUCAAGGUGUAUCAAGGUUAUGUGGAUGACUGUAGAAACACAGACAAUGCCUGGGUGGAAACGACUGCUAUCAACAUACAUUUCAAUAAAAGUGACUCGGCACUGGAUGAUUUCAUUGGAAUGACGAGUUUCAGAGACAGCUCUUCAGGUCUGCUUGUCGAGUGGGAGGAUGUAUCUGACAGAAUUGCUCUGUGUGCAUACCAGAAGGACAUUCUACGGAUGGUCGCUGAGCUUCACAAUAUCCAGCUCUGAUAAAGAACAUGCAGAGGGAAUUUUAGACCAAAGACAAUGGGAGCACAUUACCAUCUCUAAAGCAAGGCCUUUAUUCUUGGAAUAAGAGCCUGAAGAGUGAAAAAUCCCAACAUUCUCCAAUGAUCUCUGUUGAUGAAACUAAUUAAUCUGCUACCAGGAUGGAGGUUUUUGGCUUUAACGGUGCUAGAUUAUAUCUGUCUAGUACCCUAAAGUCAUAAAACUCCAUUAGAGUUAACCAGAGCAUCUUGUACUGAUUUUAAAACAUACAGUAUGUAUAUAGGCUGAAAAACGCAUAUAUAUACCGUAGCCUCUAAAUUUUUUCAUACCCUUGAGAAACAUUUUCUAUAUUUUUUCUAUAUUAUAUGUUGCCCUGCAUAAGCAGCCAGGAGCUUGCUCUCAGAAGCUGGUCGGCACAGAAAUCAGAAACCUCCAAGGAGGUACUGGUUGCUGCUGUUCAGUGUUGGUGGCCAGUGAGUCUCACUCUUCCCCUUGGACAAGAAUUUCCAAACCAAUACUUCAAUAUGGUGACCAGGAACUGUGUUGUAGAAUUAUCUGUCCUUCAGAUGUGAUGUUAAACCAAACUCCUGGCUAUGUGGUUAUUUAAAAUGCCAUGACUCUGUUUGUAAGAUUAGCAGUUUCAAUGAGCCUAUUCAUUCAGAUUUGGUUGGUUUGAUCUGCAGCAAAGUAAGUGCAAGCAUUCAAGAGUAAGAUCUGCACUGGCUGUUUUCGAUCACACCUCUCUCUACAAAUAGGGAAUUAAUAUUGUUUAGGUCUAAUCUGCAAGUUCUGGGGCCAGACUAGUUUUAGGGUUAUUAUAAAAUAUUAUGAUUAUAAAUGGUUAAAAAAGGAACAGUGGGUUUGUUUUCCUUAUGGUUAAUGGUUAAAAUUGAAAAAAGGUUAGAUUUCUCUGAAGGUAGGGUUUGAAGAAGGAAGGAGCACAGCUCAGCUCUACUGUCACUUAAGCUUAGUAUUACGGAGGACUCGUGAGAAAAUAACAGGUUACAGACCAAGUCAGGGCAGGUGAUUUAUACCAGGGUUGGUUCAGCCUCAGUCCUGGUUUCAUAAUUUUCCUCAUAGAUUUUUUAUUAAAGGGUGCAAAGACCCUACCAACAGGAGGUUUAUAUGCAGAGGUCUUCCAACUCCAUAUUAUCCGUUUAGAGGGACCUGCCAGAUCGUGUUAACUGUGGUGUCCUGUUUAAUUCCUUUGUAGGCUUGCACUGUCUGACCCCAUAACACCAGAAACAUCUCCUAGACCUGUGACAAGUAGUUUUCAUCUGGAAAUGUCUGCUAAUGGCUGCCCAGAGGUGAUGACUCUGCCAUACGUGAAAACCACACACUGUUGCACACUGCACACUGUUGAACACUAAACAUUUACAAGAUGUUCUUGGUGCUAUGACAUGUAGAAACAAAGUUAAAAGGCUUUACCAAAAACAAAAUAAAUCACACUUGGGCCAUGUCUAGACAUAUCCAACAGUACUCUGCCUAAGCAUAUGCUGACUCCUAGCCACAUUCACUUGGGCUACUCAAGACUGGUCCAACCAAUUUUACUGAUCCGCUAAUUAAAACCAUGUGUACCUUCAAAUAUAUCAUUUAUAUUAUUAUUCAGUUUUGUACAACAGAAGAACUACCAACCUAUUGUAAGUUUGAUUGGGGAGCUUUGUAAGUGUGCAUUGGCUGCAAAGGGACAAGUAAAGUUAAUUUGCACACUCCAUCCCAAGUAGAAAGAAAAAAACUGGUUAAGAAGGCUCAACAGCCAAAUUGUUGUGUUUCUUCUUUCUCGUUUUUAGUGUAGAAUUGACCUUUACUUGAGCUGUUUACAAAUACAGGGUCGUUGUAGCUGUCCACCUAUCAGCCACUAGUGGCAACCCCAUUUGUCACUGCAUACCUCGACAGGGCAAUCCAUAACAAGGGUACAGCAUAAACAAGUUUCACUGUUGUGUAUUUAGAGAGUAUUUUGUGUAAUUAUUUUUUACAGUUAUUUAUGUGCUCAGAACUUCUUUCACACACUUUUAUCACAUUUUAAUUAAUAAAAUGUUUAUAUACAUCUUCA